AUGGCCCCCUUCGAGUCCCUGGAGCUGAUCGUACAUACCGAGGGCGCAAAAAAGGUGCAACAGUUCCAUGGAGAGCAUUCUGAGCUCAGUGCUAUAUUUGACUUUUUCGCCGGCAACAUGGUGCUGAAGCAGGAAGUGAAAGAUCCGCGAGACGGGCAGACCACGCAACAUAAGAUCGCAAUAUACUUCAACAAAACAAACACCGCAUUUGUCAACCUUGAGGCCCUGGCAGACAACUCCCUGUUGCUCACCUUCAAUCUCAGAGAAAUCAAGACAGUCGAGGCCGAUAUCGAAGCAAAUACAAGGGCUGAGUACAAACAAGCCAUUCUUGGAACCACCUUCAUGAUUCGACACCAAGAGUAUGGGUUUUUCGUGAACAAGCUAUACGAAGGCUCACUGUUCAAAUUCAUCCAUGAGUGGGCUGGAGACAAGAAGACCUUGCAAUUACGUCUUCCACAAAGCCGUAUCGACGGCUGGAAAACAAUCGCGUUGAUCCUACUCGCUUACAGAGAAAUCAGCCCCAGGAUUUGGCACCACUUCGUGACCAGCCGGAAAUUGGGCAAGAUUACGGGGUUUAAUUGGAUUGAAACCCAGGAAGCAGAGACGCUAGCUGCAACAGACCCGGGAGCUUGGGCAGCGUUGACUAUGCAGACUGAAGAUGAUUCUUCUGAUGCAGCUGUACAGUUGCCAGUUGCUCAAUCAGAUAGAGCAACUGGGAGUGUCCUGCAGAUGCUGGAAGAAGACAGACUUGGGCAUACCCUCGGGGCCGAUGAUCCUGGGUUUCUAGGCCAUUGA